AUGUACGCCGCUCAGAAUAUAACGCCAACAGUUUUGGAUGCUAUGAAUGGAAAUGUUUCCGAAUGGUAUAACGAAUGCGACAAUGCCAUUAGAAGGUCAGAAAUAGUUCCUGGAACUUACGAAUAUACAACUGCUGUUUCUUAUGGAAACGUAGGUGAGUUUGGAGAAGGUUCUUCAACAACAGUAGAUAUUGCUUGCGACAGGUUUCAUAUAAUUUCUAUUGACAACUCUUUCUUAUACGUGGAACAAGACAUUGAAAUAAAACCUUCUGCCAAGUUGUCUGACAAGAAAGGUUGCAAUGGAAUUUUCUAUGUCGGAUACCAAUAUGCUCCAGAAGUUUUCAUGGGAUAUAAGAUAUAUUCUAACUCUGACUUAGUUCAAACAGUAACAUGGGCAAACUAUGAAUGGUUCGCUUUGAGAAACUCAGUACAACCACAAGCUAGAGAACAAACAGACCAGUAUGCAACUAUUGAGAAAAUAAGAAGACUUGACCCUAACGUUCCAGGAGUUUAUGUUAACCUUUCUGGUUCAGAUGGAAAUGCUGUCACUAAAGUAAAACUGAAACUUAGAGUUCCUUUGUCAUCUUUCCUCAUCUUCAG